CGGGGGUUUCUGAGGGAAAGUUUGGGGUCGCCGAGCUGUCUGUCUUCAUGACAUUUCGAGACCCAAGGGCAGCCUUCGUGCUCGGGCUCCCGGGUGCAGAGGGCGGCGCCGGGGUCCGGGUCCAGAGUAUGUGCGGCGUCCUUGGCCGCGGCUCUUCCCGCCUUAUCGCUGGUGGGGUGACGGAGAUCUAUGAAUAAAGAAUGGCAACAGCUACUGGUGAGACUUGUCGUUCGCUGGGCUCCGGACUCUCCAAGUUGCAGUUCGCUCCAUUUAGUAGUGCCUUGGAUGCGGGAUUCUGGCAUGAAUUGACUCAGAAGAAGCUUAAUGAGUAUCGCCUGGAUGAGGCACCAAAGGAUAUUAAGGGUUAUUAUUAUAAUGGUGAUUCGGCUGGCUUGCCAGCACGUUUGACUUUGGAGUUCAGUGCUUUUGAUAUAAAUGCUCCUACCCCAGCCCACUGCUGUCCAGCCAUCGGAACCUUAUUUAACACCAACACUCUUGAAUCCUUCAAAACUUCAGAUAAGAAGUUACUUUUGGAAAAAGCAGCACAAGAGAUUUGGGAAUCAAUUAAAUCUGGUGCUGCUCUGGAAAACCCUGUGCUCCUUAACAAGUUUCUGCUGUUGACAUUUUCUGAUCUAAAGAAAUAUUACUUCUACUACUGGUUUUGCUAUCCUGCUCUCUGCCUUCCAGAGGGUAUACCCCUUCUUCAGGAGCCAAUACGUUUGGAUCAAAAGUUUUCUCCUAGUCAGAUUCAAGCCCUUGAAUGUGCAUAUGAUAAUCUCUGCCAGGCAGAAGGAGUGACAGCUUUGCCUUACUUUUUAAUUAAGUAUGAUGUAAAUUCUGUACUGAUCUCCUUGCUUAAAGACUACAAUGAUUUCUUCCAAGAUCAAAGAAAAAAGAUUACGAUUGGAGUUUAUGAUCCCUGUAAUUUAGGACAAUAUCCCGGAUGGCCAUUGAGGAAUUUAUUGGUCCUGGCAGCAUACAGAUGGAGUGAUCGUUUCCAGUCGGUUGAAGUCCUUUGCUUCCGGGACCGGACCCUGCAGGGGAUGAGGGACAUCACCCACAGCAUCAUCUUUGAAAUUCAGCUUCCAGAACUGGCAUACAAUUCAGAUUGCCCAAAAGCUGUUGGUUGGGAAAAGAAUCAGAAAGGAGGCAUGGGCCCAAGGAUGGUGAACCUCAGUGAAUGUAUGGACCCCAAAAGGCUGGCCGAAUCAUCUGUGGAUCUGAAUCUUAAAUUGAUGUGUUGGCGGUUGGUGCCUACUUUGGACUUGGACAAAGUUGUGUCUGUUAAAUGUUUGCUACUUGGAGCUGGUACCCUGGGCUGCAAUGUAGCCAGGACAUUGAUGGGCUGGGGAGUCAGACACAUCACCUUUGUGGACAACGCAAAGAUCUCAUAUUCGAAUCCCGUAAGACAACCCUUGUAUGAAUUUGAAGACUGCUUGGGAGGAGGAAAGGCUAAGGCCCUUGCUGCCGCAGAGAGGCUCCAGAAAAUAUUUCCAGGAGUGAAUGCUGCAGGAUUUAAUAUGAGCAUCCCUAUGCCGGGUCAUCCUGUGAACUUUUCCAAUGUCACCAUGGAACAAGCUCAGAAAGAUGUGGAACAACUUGAGAGACUCAUCGAGGACCAUGAUGUGAUUUUCCUAUUGAUGGACACCCGGGAAAGCCGAUGGCUUCCUGCAGUCAUUGCAGCAAGCAAGAGGAAGUUGGUCAUCAACGCAGCCUUGGGGUUUGACACCUUUGUGGUCAUGAGGCAUGGACUGAAGCAGCCCAAGCACCAGGGGGCGGGGGAUCCCCACCCCAGCCACGCCACUGCCCCCUCGGACCUGGGAUCAUCUCUUUUCUCCAACAUCCCUGGCUACAAGCUCGGCUGCUACUUCUGCAAUGACGUUGUGGCUCCGGGGGAUUCAACCAGAGACCGGACCUUAGACCAGCAGUGCACCGUCAGCCGGCCUGGUCUGGCCAUGAUCGCAGGGUCGCUGGCAGUGGAGCUCAUGGUUUCUGUCCUGCAGCAUCCAGAGGGAGGCUAUGCUGUUGCUAGUAGCAGUGAUGACCGCAUGAACGAACCUCCCACUUCACUUGGAUUAGUGCCUCAUCAGAUCCGAGGGUUUCUAUCAAGAUUUGAUCACGUCCUUCCUGUCAGCCUGGCCUUUGACAAGUGUACUGCUUGUUCCACUAAAGUCCUUGAUCAAUAUGAGAAAGAAGGAUUUAAUUUCCUGGCAAAAGUGUUUAAUUCUUCACAUUCCUUUUUAGAAGACUUGACUGGACUUACUUUGCUACAUCAAGAGACUCAAGCAGCUGAGAUCUGGGACAUGAGCGACGAUGACACCAUCUGAAGCAGGAGCAGACUCCUGGUGGUCCCGGGCUCGGGGCGACCGGCCGCUAUCUCCCUGCCUGGCCCGCUUCUCACCCAGACCCAGCUGGCAUUUGGGAGCUGAGUCGCCCUCGGGGCCCAAGUUGCACUGACUUCUGGGAACUGUAACUCCCCUUUGGAGAUGGGGUUUUGUAGACAAACGCUUGCUCAUCACGUAUAUUCUGUGCUGUGAUUCAUGGGUCACGUCCAUUCUCUCCCUAGCAGGCAGUUUCCAUUUUUUUCUGCUUACUUUUCCCCUCAGUCCUGGGCUGAUUUGCUUUGGAAUUCCCAUGCUGUAGUGCUUUGAACCCCUACCCCAAGCUCCUGGUUUUCCUAACUUUGGCAAACAUUUGAUAUUCAGAUUACCAGGGACUGCCCCCCACCCCCACCCCCCAGGUGGGGAGAACCAGUUAUUCUGUGGUAGGAAAACAGCCCUGUCCUAGGGGCUCAUGGUUUCUGGUUCUCUGCAUUCAGAAAAGUCCUGUUGAACAGAAAGAGCUCCCUCUGGGCAUCCUCACCCUUAUCUCAAGAAUAAUGCUUCCUGCCAUUCCCCACUGGAACCAAAAUGUCCCUGCUACCUUCCUGUUUCUUCCUUUAACUGAGGGUGUCCAUGAUGCCCUUUGGGAAGGAACCAUGCUCUUGUUCCUUGUAGAAUACCUGGGUAUGGGGAAAGCCCAUCAGCCAGCCAAGAGGCCGGGAAGCCCAUCCUGUCUUCUCUUGGACCAUGAGUUCUGGCCGCCUCCCAGACCCCAUGGGUUUGGCUUUAAGGUGCCCAGAACCUGAUGGGCCUUCCCCGUCAGAAGCCCCUCAGACCCUGUUCUGGGCUCAAAGCACAGCAAUAACUUUCCCCACCAGGGCCUUCUCGUCCCCCCACUCCCCCAGGGUGCCUGGCCCAGCACCCACCAUGCCCUCGGAGGGCAAACACAGGGAUGGAAAGUAUUUCUGCCAGUAUCUUGAGCUCGGCUCAGCUCCAAGCUUGCCAACAGCGGGCCGGUGCCCACAGGUGCUGCCCCAAACCUUCGCCCUGCUCUGCGAGGCAGCCAGGGCCCGAGAGGAGCCUGCAGGCGUUACCUGGCACAGUCCUCACCGGCGUGCUCUGGGCUCCGAGGCAGGUCUUAGUCGGUGAAAUGAAAGGGAUGGGGCUGGGGCCUUCCACCUGGGACAGAGCCUGGCGGGCCACUUUGACAGGCCAGGGUCUCCUGCCCCGCAGGCAGGCUCCCUCAUUAAGUGGAUUCCCCGGAGGUCGGCUCCCCUUGUUCCAUCACCCAUCCCUGCAUCCGGAGAGCAGCUCACCCUGGCACGGGGCACAGAAUGGGAUGGGGGAGAAAAGGCCAAUGGGAAAGGCAGGGGGGAUGCCAUCCGAGGCAAUGAAAGCCAUAUGAGUGAAAACAGGGAUUAAAAAGAUCAGUAAGAGUA